CAGGCUUCGACAUUCUGAGCUGUUUUCGCAUCUCAUACGACACCUGGCGGUACUUCGAAGAGCGUCACUGCAGCAGUGACAAUGCACCUGACAUUGGCGUCGCUACUGGCGUUGCCAUUCGGCCUGCUCCAAGUCGUGCUUGCCGUCCCAGCGCCCGCGGACUACGCUCAGCAACACCCUUUGGAUGUCGCAGCCUUGCCCAAACAAGCCACAUGGAAACGGCUGUCAGACCGUAUCAUAGAGUCCAUAUGGAAAGAUGGAGCCCACGAAACUGACAAGGACCUGCCUGAUCCAUUUGCGUUUCGGGGAUACGAUCGAGAAGUGGUAAUAAGAUUCAAUGUCAGCACAGCAGAGGAAGCCCGAAGCUUAGCAGAGGCAUCAGAGACGCUUCUUCUGGAUAUCUGGGGCUUUUCGCAAGAAUGGGUCGACAUCCGAAUACCCAAGGAUAUUGUGAAGCCAAUGCUUGGCCUUCUGCCCUCGAGUCUACAGCGGUCUUACAUCCCGCUGCUGCGUGAGAGAGAACUAUCGGAGGCCGUCCGCGCCACAUACUUGACCGCUAGAAACCGUGGACCAGCUAUCAAAGCGAAAGACUCGUUAGACAGUGGCAGCCACAUUCAUAUCGAUCAAAUGGAUAAGGUUGGCGCAACCGAAGAAGACCUGUUCUUCUCUCAGUAUCGGCCACUUUCCGUUCUUCACCCGUGGAUGCGUUUCCUUGCCUCAAUUUAUCCUGGACAUGUCCAAAAGAUUAACAUUGGCAUUUCUGCUCAGGGACGGGGCAUACCUGCUUUGCGGGUCGGUAAUUCGAAGCGGCCAAACCGUGAAACGGUGCUCAUCGUGGGCGGCUUGCAUGCUCGCGAAUGGAUCAGUACCAGCACAGUCAGUUACGUGGCCUACCAUUUCGUCACAUGCUACGGCAACUCUGCGCGCAUAACCGCACUUAUGGAUCAGCUGGACUUCGUCUUCGUCCCGACUCUGAACCCUGACGGAUAUGCGUAUACGUGGGAGACGGACCGUUUAUGGCGCAAGAACAGACAGCGGACAGGUCUACGCUUCUGCCAAGGCAUUGACCUCGAUCGGGCAUUCAGCUUCCAAUGGGACGGUGACAGUACCACGUCCGGCAACCCUUGCUCAGAGUCAUUUGCGGGUGAACAGCCAUUCGAGGCUGUGGAGGCAAAAGCUUUGGCCGACUGGGCCAAGAAUGAAACGACGCACAACAAUGUCACUUUCGUUGGUUUCCUUGACAUGCACAGCUACGCACAGGAGAUACUGUACCCUUAUAGCUUCUCCUGUGACGAGAAACCGCCGGGUCUGGAGAAUCUGGAGGAGCUAGCGAUAGGUAUCGAGAAGGCCAUCCGCUCCACGCAUGGUCACAAGUACGAGAUUAUGCCCGCUUGUGAAGGAAACGUCGCCGUCAACAACGGGUUUCGGCAGUCCCUUUCGCCACGGAUGGAAGCCUCUGGUGGCUCGAUCUUGGACUGGUUCUACCAUGAGAUGCACGUGAGAUACGCCUAUCAACUUAAGCUGCGCGAUAAGGGCCUAUACGGUUUCUUACUGCCAGCGGAGAAUAUCAUACCAACCGGUGAGGAGAUACUGGAGGCUGUUCUUUAUUUUGCGGAAUUCUUGGGCGAUGUGUACGGCAGUGGGAUGGACGUCAAAGAAUCCACUGCGAAUGGCAAGGUCCAGAACGAUCAGGGUGUGCCAAAAGACAAAGACUUCGCUUUCAGCGCUGAUGAUAUUGGGGACGACUGGGUCGUGAUUGACGGCCAAGCGGAAUUGAGUAUGUCCGAUCUGAUGCUUAGUGAGAGUUUAAGGCAACGGCAGGAUUGACGAACGCCAUGUACUUGCACAUGUUUGUUAUGUUAUACAUACAUACAUGUUUCUAGCCUUGUUGUGCAGACUCCACGACUUGUUUUUUUCCAGACAUGCACUUUCUCAAGCAAGACGUCGUAGCUGUAAAUCAACCUCAUCAAUCAGUGGUCAAUGAAUAUAUGCCGGCUACUUGAACUUAGUCUGCCUCGGCAUCGCAAGGGUUCAUCGAAUAGCGUCGAGCUGCAAUUUGUGUCGUGAUUGCUUCCUUCGACUCACCAGUGCAACUGGUCCAGCAUGAGCGUCGAGUUGAGGCGUUACUCUUCCGACACUGCCAUCUCGUAGAACUUGCAACAUGCCGGCGGAG